CUUGAUGGGACCCGCGGGAGGAGCGACAAGGCCCGGCCGCUUCUUCGGCGUCUACCUGCUCUAUUGCCUGAACCCUCGGCACCGGGGCCGCGUCUAUGUGGGGUUCACCGUCAACCCUGCUCGUCGGGUCCAGCAGCACAACGGGGGCCGCAAAAAAGGCGGGGCUUGGCGGACCAGCGGGCGCGGGCCCUGGACUGACAGAGAACUGUGACGAGGGAAUUGGGCAGGACACAGAAGGGGGCAAGGGGCUCACAGGCCGCGCCCUUAUUCUGUUCCCCAGGGAGAUGGUGCUCAUCGUGCACGGCUUCCCUUCCUCCGUGGCCGCCCUUCGGUUUGAGUGGGCCUGGCAGCACCCUCACGCCUCGCGCCGCCUGGCACACGUGGCUCCACGCCUGCGCAGUGAGGGAGCCUUCGCUUUCCACCUGCGCGUGUUGGCGCACAUGCUGCGCGCGCCGCCCUGGGCGCGCCUCCCGCUCACCCUGCGCUGGCUGCGCGCUGAUUUCUGCCAGGAGCUCUGCCCACCACCGCCGCCACACGUGCCGCUAGCCUUCGGGCCUCUGUCACCUGGAGUUUUGGCCUCCAAGCGCAAGACCAAUCUCUUUGCUGACACGGAGCCCCAGCCAGAGCAGAAUGCUGAGGCCCCCUGCACCCUUUGCGCGCGUGCACUCCAGGAUGAAGAAGGCCCCUUGUGUUGCCCCCACGCUGGCUGUUCCCUAAGGGCCCACAUGAUCUGCCUGGCACAGGAGUUCCUGCAAGAGGAGCCAGGGCAGCUUCUGCCCCUAGAGGGCCAGUGCCCUGGCUGUAAGAAUUCGCUGCUGUGGGGAGACCUGGUCUGGCUGUGCCGGAUGGGCACUGAGGAGGAAGAGGAGGACUUGGAAUUAGAAGAGGAACACUGGACAGACAUGCUGGAGAUCUGAUCCUCAGCAUCCCCGCCCCUCCACCCGUUCCUUUUCUGUGACACUUCCUUUUGGUGUGGGCAGUUUUUACUUGAGUACAAUAAAAAGUUUGAGUUAA